AUGUCUUCAAAGGAGAAAGCAAAUCUUGCGCGCAUCCGCGACAACCAGAGGCGAUCGAGGGCUCGUCGGAAAGAGUACCUGCAAGAACUCGAGGCGCGGUUGCGACAAUGCGAGCUCCAGGGCAUCGAGGCAUCGUCCGAGAUCCAGAUGGCGGCGAGGAGGGUCGCCGAUGAGAACAAGAAGCUGCGAGGUCUUUUGGUGCAGCAUGGGGUUGGAGAGGACACGAUUGAAACAUAUUUACAGACGUCGCCGACGACCGACACCAUGAUGGGCGGCCAGUACGGAAGCAGCAAAAAACAUUUACAACCUCAUACGGCACCACAACGUUCUUCGAUCUAUAUACCCACCACAUCAACUUCGAAUGUCAAUAAUUGCAAUUAUGCUACGGAUAUGAUCACGACGAUGGCUGGAGGAGAUCCGUCGGCAGUGAGGCAAGACCUGGGAUGUCUGCCUGGUAUGGAUUGCGAGGUUGACAACCAUCUCGUCUUCAAUGUGAUGGACCGGUAUACGGGUAGUGUUGGAUUAUAA